CUAGCUGGCUUGCCUUUUGCAAUUCUCAAUUCAAGACGUAUUCCCUUCCAGAGAGGAGUUUUCUGUAGUGAUGAAUCCAUCCGAUAUCCAUACAAAGAGGACACCAUUUCUUAUAAGUUGUUAGCAGGAAUAAUUGUUCCUUUCAGUAUAAUUGUUAUAAUCCUAGGAGAGACUCUCUCUGUCUUUUAUAAUCAUUUGCACUCAAAUUCAUUUGUCAGAAAUAACUACAUAGCCACUAUUUACAAAGCCAUCGGGACCUUCAUUUUUGGAGCAGCUGCUAGCCAGUCGUUGACAGACAUUGCCAAGUACUCCAUAGGUAGACUGCGUCCUCACUUCCUCGCUGUGUGCCAGCCCGACUGGGCACGAAUCAACUGCAGUCUGGGUUACAUUGAGAACUUCUCUUGUCAAGGAGACAAAGCAAAAAUCAAUGAGGGAAGACUAUCAUUUUACUCUGGCCAUUCUUCGUUCUCCAUGUACUGCAUGCUCUUCCUAGCACUUUACCUUCAGGCCAGAAUGAAAGGAGACUGGGCAAGACUCGUACGUCCUACUCUACAAUUUGGUCUUAUUGCUGCCUCCAUCUAUGUGGGUCUCUCGCGUGUUUCUGAUUACAAACAUCACUGGAGUGACGUUUUAACAGGACUCAUCCAGGGAGCAAUGGUAGCCGUGCUCAUUGUUGUGUAUGUGUCCGACUUCUUCAAAGUGAGAGGAUGUACAUUUCAACCGAAAGAAGAUUCCCAUACAACCCUACAUGAGACUCCAACAAAUGGAAAUCACUUUGGCAGCAACCAUCAACCAUGAAGAAUGACCCACCUCACCUGUCUUGCUCUCUGAAAGGAAUACAAUUUCACAAGUCUAUGUAAUAUAAGUAAAUGCCUUUAAGGGACUGCUGCUGCUCUUGGAUGCUCACUUUACCUGUAUAUAGUAACACCUACCACAGUUAUAUUGUAUAUCUAA